AUGACUACAACAGACAACAUCUGCAAUCUAGAAUCACUACUCAACAAGUACGAAACGAAAGUUGCCAAGAGAUGUACAGCUAGCCAUCGGAGGAAGGCAGAAGAGAUUUUUGGACUUCGACUCAUGUUGGCUUUAAGCGUAGCAGGCUAUAUGAGUGGAGGCUAUAUCCUAUUAGAAGGGGGCAGGUUCAUGGGUGUUUUCAUCAAUGAAGGUCUUUGGAUGCCUGAAGACUCGUGUAUAGACUAA